CGAUGCUCAAACAUGGUGGUCCGAACGGUGAAUUCAGUUUCACUUUUUCGCUCAACCUCGCCGCCGUCGCCCCUGCCACUAGCAGCGUUCCACACGUACCGCCAAAUUCGAGCUUUUCAGUAUCUACAGUUGUCUCGUCUUUCAAUUUGUAAGCCGAUGGUGUUCGGUUAUUAUAACUUAAAAAGCGGUGGCAGUCGGAGUUAUUCCGUCCAAAGUUUUGUUGAUUCCGUGAUGGAAGAGUUUGAAGCAUUACGUCGGCGGAGGACAGUUCGUGCUAGUAAUAAAUCAGUAUUGACAAGCAAUAAGGAGCUUGUUGAAGAUAAAUUGCGGAAGCAAGUACUGCAGAAAGGGUUGCUGCUAGAAUUUAAGAAAGAUUCUGAAAGGAUAUUGCUUGCUGUAGCUCAGAAACCUGAUGGAAGGAAGAAUUGGAUAGUCUCCGAUCAGAAUGGUGUUACAACUUCCAUUAAACCACAACAGAUCACUUAUAUAGUUCCAGGGAUUGAUAAUUUCGACACCACAAACAUAUUGGACUUCAAUCAGAGAGCUCAGAAUAGCUUGGAUCCCACACUCCUUGAAUUUGCUUGGACUGAGCUUCUUGAAAUGAACAAGUCGGUAACAGUUGAAGAAUUGGCUGAGAUGAUUUUUGGCAGUGCUGAACCUGUUGAGAGCUAUUGCGCCCAUCUCUUGCUAUCGAGAGAUGAAAUUUACUUCACUGUGCUUGACAGCAAAGGCUCUUGUUCUGUUUAUGGUCCUCGGCCAACUGUUCAGGUUGAAGAACUUAGACGUAGAAUGCUUGCAAAGGAGGCAGCCGAUAAGGAAUUUCACGAGUUUGUGGAGUUACUAAAAUCUGCAAAAGCAAUGCCUCCACGUGGAAAACCGUCCAAAUGUUCCUGGAAAGUUGAAGAGAAAAUCUGGCACAGAAUCGAGUCUCUUGAGGCUUUUGCUAUAGAUGCUUGUAAAGAUGAGCAAACGAAUAUUGCAGGAGCGAUCCUGAAGGGAAUGGGCUUACCAAAGACGCCUACUUCUGCAGUAAAUCUCCUCAUAGAUAUUGGGUAUUUCCCAGUACAUGUCAAUCUUGAUCUCCUAAAGUUCAGCAUACGUACCAAUUAUCCAGAUAAGAUUUUGUCAGCUGCUGAAAGGCUUCUGCUUGAAUCACCCGAUACAGAUAAGGACGACAGGAUAGAUCUGACACAUCUGAAGGUAUAUGCAAUUGACGUGGAUGAAGCAGAUGAGCUUGAUGAUGCACUAAGUGCGACAAAGUUGCAUGAUGGCCGUAUUAAAGUUUGGAUACAUGUUGCUGAUCCAUCUAGCUUUGUUCAGCCUGGGAGCAUGAUAGACAGAGAAGCAAUGCAAAGAGGAACAUCUGUUUUUUUACCAACUGCCACCUAUCCAAUGUUUCCUGAGAAACUUGCCAUGGAGGGAAUGAGCUUGAGGCAAGGAACAAAUUGCAGGGCUGUUACAGUAUCAGUUGUAUUGCACUCUGAUGGCAGCAUUGCAGAAUAUGCAGUGAAUAAUUCAACCAUUAGACCGACGUAUAUGCUAACAUAUGAGAGUGCAUCUGAGCUGCUUCAUCUGAAUCUGGAAGAAGAGUUGGAACUAAGGACUCUUUCUGAGGCUGCAAGUCUUCGGCUUCAGUGGCGACGUGGACAGGGUGCAAUUGACACAGGCUCGCUGGAAACUAGAAUAAAGGUGGAAAAUCCAGAUGAUCCAGAACCAUCAAUUAGGUUGUAUGUUGAAGACCAGAGAGAUCCUGCAAUGCGACUCGUUUCCGAAAUGAUGAUACUUUGUGGGGAAGCUCUAGCCACAUAUGGUUCUGCUAAUAAGAUUCCUUUACCAUACAGAGGACAGCCCCAAUCCAACAUUGAUACAUCUGCAUUUGAUCAUCUUCCAGAAGGCCCAGUUCGUAACUCUGCUAUUGUGAAAAUUAUGCGUGCUGCUGAAAUGGAUUAUAGAAAGGCUAUACGCCAUGGUAUUCUGGGUAUUCCUGGUUAUGUGCAGUUUACAUCUCCUAUUCGCAGAUAUAUGGACCUCCUUGCUCAUUACCAGGUGAAAGCCUUUCUUAGAGGCGAUGCUCUUCCAUUUACAGCUGGGCAACUAGAAGGGAUGGCUGCAUCUGUGAACAUGAAUGCUAGGAUAGCAAAGAAGCUAUUUAGCAGCAGCCUACGGUAUUGGAUACUAGAAUACUUGAGAACACAACCCAAACAAAGAAAAUACCGUGCGCUGAUCCUUAAAUUCAUCAAAGAUCGGAAUGCAUCUUUACUACUUUUGGAGGUUGGGUUUCAGGCGUCGGCUUGGGUGUCGAUAGGGUCACAUGUCGGGGAUGAAGUGGAGGUUCGGGUUGAAGAAGCUCAUCCGCGUGAUGACAUCCUUACGCUCAAAGAAGUUGUACAAGUGACAUGAAUCUCUUUGGGAUCUUAUCACAAUAAUACUUAGACACCGGUCUGCGCCAUUAUAUUUUGAUGAAGUCAAAAACAACUUAUGACGGUUGUUCUUGCAGUUUUGACCCGCAAACAGGUGGACGAGGUUCCGAUGGCUCGGGCAGACAUAAUAGAAUCCAAGUCAGACGCCAAUAAUCGGUAGUCAAAGCCCGGUUUUAUCGUAUGAUAUUAUAGAAAAAUCCAUGUCCAAGAUACAAAAAAAGGUAUAUCUCUACUUAUUGACUUUAGAAUUAUAUCCAGUAAAUCAGUUAGGAAAUGUAACCUAAAACCAACUCAUUUUUAUCGUAUAUAGGUUGAAAUUUUCCCUCUAAAAUCACAUGGUUUUG